UAUCUCUCUCUCAUUCUCCUCCAGCCUCCACAGUAAUGGCAGAGAUUCAGCUCCAAGAAGGUCCGAUUAACGGCGGAGGAGCCACAGUGGGAGCUUCAUCUGAGAAUCUGGCCCCCUCUUUGGGUUCCAAGAGACAGCGUCGACCCAGUGUCCGAUUGGGCGACAUCGGUGGCCAGCCAGCGACUCUCUCUUACGAUUCGUACGUCCGGAGGACCAAGCAGUGGAAGUUCCCCAACGACAAUAACGAGUCCAAGUAUCGGAACCCCUUUCAGAAGGACAGCGGUGUCGGCACCAAAGCUUCCAAGACUCGACCUCUUACCAACUUGGUGAAUGGCGGAGAUUGCCAUGAAACCCUAGAAGGUGAAGAUAAGAACCUUUCCGGCGACGGUAAUUUGGAUUCGCUAGCGAUUGGGAACCGUAAAGGGAAGGAUUCGAAGGUGAAGAGAGGGGGCGGUGGCACAGGGGGAGGAGGGACGAAGAGGGUCAGAUCGAAUUGGGUUUCCAAGGUCGACGAAGGAACGGAAGGAGAUGACAAGUUCAGUGGUGGAGAAAACGGGGAGGAAGGAUACAGGGAUUUCGAUCCGGAGGGUUCGGAGAGCCCUUUGAAAGAACAGAGCCCGAUUCAGUCUCUGGAAAAUAUGCCUAUUGAUUUGCGGCAGACUUCUGAUAGGGGACAUGGGAAUGAAAGGGAGGUGCAUUUUCCUGGGCAGAGGAGACUGCUUUGGCCCAGGGUUUCGGAAAGCAGAGAUCAUGACGCUGUUGAAUUGGAUGGCCCAUCGGAUACUGAUGCUAGGGAUUGGAAGUGCGGCACUAGUGAGGAUAGGAAUGGCAUUGGCGAGAGGGGGAUGUGUCGGUCUCUGGAAAAUGGGGUGCGGAUGUGGCUCAAUGGAAUAGGUUUAGGUCGCUAUGCACCAGUUUUUGAGAUACAUGAGGUGGAUGAUGAGGUUUUACCGCUCUUGACAUUGGAGGAUCUCAAGGAUAUGGGGAUAAAUGCUGUUGGUUCUAGGCGGAAAAUGUACUGUGCAAUACAGAAGCUCGGAAAGGGCUUUUCUUGAGUCUCAUUAUAGAAUGUGGUGGGUGUAAUUUGCUGAAAGCAAGCCUCGGGCAAUGGCAAUGGCUUAUAUGAGAAUAGAUGUCUGGGACGGUUUGAGCUCCCGGUUCUCUCUAAUUCCAUUGUUUACUUACUGUUUUGGAGCUAACGGUUCCCUCUCUUUCUAUAAUCGUUUGUACAUUUUUAUGUAGUAAAAUGAUAGAUGUACUUGUGAUUUUGCUGAAAUAGUCGUCUAAAGUUCAACUGAG